AUGUGGGGUGGCUUGGGGGGCGCUUACAGGGGGACGCCCAUCCCCGGGAGUGUCUGUGGAGGGCCGCCGGUGGCGGGGCGGGAGGCGGAGGGGGUGCGGCCCGGGGCGCGGGCUGUGGCGGUGCCCCUGGUGCAGCCGCCGCGCUCUCCCCCGCGGCGGGGCCGGUGCGGUGCGGGGCGGUGCGGGGGGGAGCGCGGUGUGUGGCCGCCGGCGGCGGGCGCGCCGUUGCUUAGCAGCGGCGAUGGGCGCUGCCAGGCGGCGGCGGCCAAUGGGAGCGGCGGCGGCGGCGCGGCCUCGGCGCCCCCGCCCCCGCCUCCCUUUAGAGGCGCGGCGGGCGGCCGGCGGCGCACACACAGCCCUCCAUCCGGCACGGCACCGGCACCGGCACGGCCCCGCCGCGCGCAUGGGGGCCGCCGCCGCGCUCGGCCCCACAUAACGGGGUGCCCAGCCCCGCCAGCCGCCCCGCCAUGCCGGCCGAGCCCCCGCGCCGCGCCGCCGCCGCUCCGCGCCGCCCGCCGCAAGCCGCUGCCCGAGGGCAGGGCCGUGGGCCAGAGGACUCCGCUGUGGCUGCGGGCCCGCUUUCAGGCGCUGCUCUUCGCCCUGGGCUGCCGGAUCCAGCGGCACUGCGGGAAGGUGCUCUUCGUGGGGCUGCUGGUGUUCGGGGCGCUGGCCGUGGGACUACGGGUGGCCUCCAUCGAGACCGACAUCGAGCACCUCUGGGUGGAAGCGGGCAGCCGGGUGAGCCAGGAGCUGCGCUACACCAAGGAGAAGCUGGGCGAGGAAUCUGUCUACACCUCCCAGAUGUUGAUCCAGACCCCGAAGAGGGAUGGGGACAAUAUCCUGACGCAGGAGGCCCUGCAGCUCCACCUCGAGGCAGCCCUGGCAGCCAGCAAGGUCCAGGUCUCACUGUACGGAAAAUCGUGGGAUUUGAACAAGAUUUGCUACAAGUCAGGUGUCCCCAUCAUUGAGAAUGGCAUGAUAGAGAGGAUGAUAGAGAAGCUGUUCCCCUGCGUGAUCCUGACACCACUGGACUGCUUCUGGGAAGGCUCCAAGCUGCAGGGAGGCUCAGCCUAUCUCCCGGGCCGCCCCGACAUCCAGUGGAGCAACCUCGACCCUCUGCAGUUGAUGGAGGAGCUGGGGCAGUUCACAUCCCUGGAAGGCUUCAAAGAGCUGCUGGACAAGGCAGAGGUGGGGCAGGCUUACAUGGAGCGGCCCUGUCUGGACCCCCGGGACCCCCAAUGCCCCCUCAGUGCCCCCAACAAGCAGAGCCAGCAGAACCCCGACAUCCCGGCUGAACUCUCAGGGGGCUGCCAUGGCUUCUCCAGGAAGUUCAUGCGCUGGCAGCAGGAGCUGAUUUUAGGCGGCACGACCAAAGACUCCCAGGGCAAGCUGCUACGCGCCGAGGCCCUGCAGACCAUGUUCCUCCUCAUGAGCCCUCGGCAGCUCUAUGAGCACUUCAAGGAUGACUACGAGAUCCAUGACAUCAGCUGGAGUGAGGAGAAGGCAGGAGCAAUCCUGGAGGCCUGGCAGAGGAAAUUUGUGGAGCUGGCACAGGACUCCAUCCCUCCCAACGCCACACAGAGCGUCCACGCUUUCUCCACCACCACGCUCAACGACAUCAUGAAGUCCUUCUCUGACGUCAGUGCCAUCCGGGUGGCCGGGGGCUACCUCCUCAUGCUGGCCUAUGCCUGUGUCACCAUGCUGCGGUGGGACUGCUCCAAGUCCCAGGGGGCCGUGGGCCUGGCUGGGGUCCUGCUUGUGGCUCUCUCCGUCGCCUCUGGCCUGGGGCUUUGCUCACUGCUGGGCAUCUCCUUCAAUGCAGCCACCACCCAGGUCCUGCCGUUCCUGGCCCUUGGCAUUGGGGUGGAUGACAUGUUCCUCUUGGCUCAUGCCUUCACUGAGACCAGCCAGCAUGUCCCCUUCAAGGAGCGGACGGGUGAGUGUCUGAAACGCAUGGGGACCAGCGUGGCUCUCACCUCCGUCAGCAACAUGAUCGCCUUCUUCAUGGCAGCCCUGGUGCCCAUCCCUGCCCUGCGUGCCUUCUCCCUCCAGGCUGCAGUGGUUGUGGUGUUCAACUUCGCCAUGGUGCUGUUUGUGUUCCCCGCUAUCCUGAGCCUGGACCUGCACCGCCGGGAGAAACGCCGGCUCGACAUCCUCUGCUGCUUCUAUAGCCCUUGCUCUUCACGGGUUAUCCAGAUUCAGCCGCAAGAGCUUGCUGACGCCAACGACAACCACGCCUGCCACCCGUCCCCUUAUGGGCAUCCCGGCGUGGCCACCAGCACCCAGAUCACCACCACCGUGCAAGCCUUCACCCGGUGCGACCCCUCAGGCCACCACAUCGUCACCGUCCUGCCGCCCACCUCCCAGGUGUGCACCUCGCCUGCCGUCCUCCUGCCCCCCAGCGACCCCCUGGGCUCUCAGGUCUUCGCCCCAUCCAGCUCCACCCGGGAUCUGCUGGCCCAGCUGGAUGAGGCCAAGGGUAGGCGGGAGUGCGUCCCCCUGCCCUUCUGCCGCUGGAGCCUCGCUGACUUCGCCCGUGAGAAGUACGCCCCGCUCCUCCUGCGGACCCGGACCAAGGCGGUAGUGGUGGUGCUGUUCCUGGCACUGCUGGGGCUGAGCCUCUACGGCACCACCAUGGUGCACGAUGGCCUCUACCUGACGGACAUCGUGCCACGGGACACCAAGGCCCACGCCUUCAUCUCGGCCCAGUUCAAGUACUUCUCCUUCUACAACAUGUUCAUUGUCACCAAGGGUGGCUUCCACUACCCGGGUGCCCAAGCUGCCCUGCUGAGCCUGCACCAGGCCUUCAGCACCGUCAAAUAUGUGGUGCGGGAGGGAAACCGCGACCUGCCCAAGAUGUGGCUCCAUUACUUCCAGGACUGGCUGCGAGGGCUUCAGGCCACCUUCGACAGGGACUGGCAGGCCGGGCGCAUCACCCAUGACAGCUACCGCAACGGCUCCGAGGACGGGGCGCUGGCAUACAAACUGCUAAUCCAGACCGGCAACAAGAAGGAGCCCUUCAACUUCAAUCAGCUGACCACGCGGCGGCUGGUGGAUGAGAAUGGCAUCAUCCCCCCUGACACCUUCUAUAUCUGCCUGACUGUGUGGGCCAGCAACGACCCCCUGGGCUUUGCCGCCUCACAGGCCAACUUCUACCCCCCACCACCUGAGUGGAUUCAUGACAAGUACGACACCACGGGCGAGAACCUGCGAAUCCCAGCAGCCCAGCCGCUGGAGUUCGCCCAGUUCCCUUUCUACCUGAGUGGGCUGCGUCGCACGUCCGACUUCGUGGAGGCGAUUGAGAGCGUGCGGGCCAUCUGCCGGGAGGCCGCCCAGCGCCACGGCGUGCUCAGCUACCCCAGCGGGUACCCCUUCCUCUUCUGGGAGCAGUACAUCGGCCUGCGGCACUGGUUCCUGCUGGCCAUCAGCAUCCUGCUGGCCUGCACCUUCCUCGUCUGCGCCCUGCUGCUGCUCAACCCCUGGACAGCUGGCAUCAUCGUCUCCAUCCUGGCCAUGAUGGCUGUGGAACUGUUUGGCAUCAUGGGGCUGAUGGGCAUCAAGCUGAGCGCCAUCCCAGUGGUCAUCCUCAUCGCCUCGGUGGGCAUCGGUGUGGAGUUCACUGUUCACGUGGCCCUGGGCUUCCUGACAGCUGUGGGGAGCAGGAACGUGCGCUCGGCCGCGGCGCUGGAACACACCUUUGCCCCCGUGAUGGAUGGUGCUGUCUCCACCCUCCUGGGUGUCCUCAUGCUGGCCGGCUCCGAGUUUGACUUCAUCAUAAGGUACUUCUUUGCGGUGCUGACCAUCCUGACACUGCUGGGGCUGCUCAACGGGCUGGUGCUGCUGCCCGUCCUGCUCUCGGUCGUCGGGCCACCCCCUGAGGCAUCCCUAGUGGAUAAUGGCUCCUGCCUAACCCCACCAGAGUCGGUGCCCCCAUGCCUGGGCCCUGGGGGGCUGUAUGUCCGGCGCUCUCCAGCCUGGCCUGCCACCUUCCCUGAGCCCUCGGACACGGAGCACUACACGGAGGGUGUGGGGCCAGGCAACCCCCGAGGACCCUUCAUUGUGCCCCCCACCCCAGCACACAUCCUUCUGGAGGCUGGCAAGGACCCCAGCUUCCCCCGCAUCACCGUGCUGAAGCCCUACAAGGACAGCCUGGAGGUUCAGGGGAAGAAGGAGGCUUCUGGCCCGCAGCCCGCACCCACCCUGCCCUUUGGGGAGCCAUGCCCCACACUGGCCCGGGAACACCUGCAGCCCUGCCCGCCAGGCACCCGGCCAGCCCCCGCUGCAGCCCUGCCCACCUACAGCACCCACCUGCAGGGUCCUGCUGGCAGCUACACCACCGUCACGGCCACCGCGUCGGUGACGGUGGCCCUGCACCCCACACUGCCUGGUUCCUACCCCAGCUUCAGCCCCGAGGGCUUCGCCAGCGGCGAGCGGGACUGCCUGGACGAGCCCAGCGUGCCCAGUACCAGUGGCACCGCCGUGCCCGAUGCCUUUGAGAUGCAGAGCAUGGGACACCACGGGGCAGGUGCCCAGCGCUAGGUUGCUGGUUCCUGGGUAGAGCAUCUCCCCAGCACCCGGUGGGCACACAGGAGGGUGCAGAGCGGGGUCGCCCACAUUGUGCUGCUAAUGGCCGGAGCGAUCUCGGCCGAGGAGGACCGGCCCCCCUGCACCCUGCAACGGGGCUUGGUAGGGCAGGCUGGCACUUCUAUGCAAGCUGUGUGCAGGCCACGCCAUGCCCGCGUGUCCCUCACCCGAGGCUGUGCCGUUGGUGCCAUGUCCUGUCACCCAGGGUUUGGGGUUAUCCUGCCCUGGGCUUGUUGCCCCCCAGAAAUGGAAGCACUAACUCCCCCCCUCUGUUUCUGGAGCUGCUGGCAAGGUGGACUUGGUGCCAUGCCAGCUCCCCCUCUGUGGGGUCACUGCUUGCUCCCUAUCACCUCCUCCUGGGACCACCCAUCCCAGGCCAUGAGCUGGGGUACCCCAACAGGGUGCCCUGAUGCCCCCCGUCCUGAUAAGGGGGCAGUCCCAGAGCCAGCUGUGCCCUGGCAUGCCACAGGCAAGGCCUGGGGCGGGCACCCCCCACCUUUAUUUAUUGCAAAGGGAAACUAUCUAUAGAGAGAUAUAUAUUUUUAAGCUUAUUUUAAAAGAUUUAUUUCUCAGCCUACAGCCUUGCCCCGCUGCCCAGAGUGCAGGCAGGGAGUGGGCAGACCCUUUGCCAGUGCAGGGCUGCCCAGUGGAGGCAGCAGGAGCCCAGGGGUGCAGACCUGGUUCAUGCCCCCACUCCAUGGGCAGCUCACCCCUUCCGAUGCGCUACUCCGUGCCUCAGUUUCCCCAGUGGCAAGCAUGGGAGGGCUGGACAUCGUGGAUGUGCCACGGUGGAGAAAGGGAGCCUGUUGCUCCCCACUGCACAGGCAGGAUUUUGGAAGGGGGAGAUCCUUGGACUGGUCCUUGCUGUGCCAAGCCCCUGAGCUGUCCCACGAUCAGAGCCCCUCGUGCCACACCCAGUGCUCUGCCCAGGUGACGGCACGUGCUGGAGCACGCACAGGACAGUGCAUGCUGACGUGGGCUCCCACGGUGCCACCGGGCACAUCUUGCUGGGAAACCAUAUUUCUCACCGUGUCCCCAUUGCAACGGGGCUGUCCCUGCAGCCAGCCCCUGCCCCCAUCCCCACCCCGGGCACCGUCCGCGCCCUCACCCAGCACUUUAACUCCAGCGGUGUUUGCCGUGCCUGCAGCCCCAGCCCCCCCGGCCCCCAGACACUGCCGCUGAGCAGGGGUGGCCUCGGGGACCCUGUCCCCGUGCCAGGCGUGGGCACGGCGGGCAGCCUCCCCCCAACACGCCAUCUAAGUUAUUUAUAUCAAAGAGAGCAAAGGUUUAUUUUUGUAGUUUGUACAGGCGGUAGUGGGGACCGAAGGUUUAUUUUUAAA